CGUUUCUUGUAUUUUCAGGGUGCCAGAGUGUGGAUUCCGCACAGUCAAGUGGUAUGGAUCGGUGGAGAAGUAACCAAAGAUUUGAACACAGAUGGAAUCUUGGAUAUUGAACUUGAUGACGGAAAUGUUGGUUUAAUGUUCCUCGAUUAUUUUAUAAGCCUUCGCAUCAAUUUUGACAACUCGCAGUGAAGUGGUUUUGUUUGCAAAUUUGCAAGCUUGAGUUUAUUUGUUUUCUUCUCACAGGAAAUUACUAUUGAUGUUUCGAAAGACAUAAAGAAAUUGCCUCCUCUGAGAAACCCUGAAGUUUUAGUCGGUGAAAAUGACCUUACAACGCUCAGCUACCUUCAUGAACCAGCAGGUCUGUACACGAAAAAAAUAUUAAUCCAUGUAAACUUAAUUGUUUUUGUGUUAGUUGAUGUAUACAAACUCUUUGUGUGAAUAUAAAUUGAAGUCUCCUUUUGUUGUAACCUUUUAAACAACACGUUAAAUACUAUGGGUAUAAAAUUUCUGUAUUGUAUUUUGUUAUAAAGGUUAUAGCUCAACUCGAAAUCAAAGUUCUUUGUGGGGUUAGAUUUAGCAAUUCUUAUUUUUUUUUUUUCAAUUUUUUUUAUUUCUUGCUUUCAGUGUUGUACAACCUCCAAGUCCGUUUUCUGCAAUCCAAUGAUAUAUACACUUACUGCGGUAGGUAUAUAUGUUUGCCCUUGGUUUUCUUGGUUGACCGUUUCCUUUUUGAUAUGCCCGGCUGUGUAGAAAAUAUGGGACCUAAAAUUUUAAUAACCUCAAAAUGUCGUGAAUUUAUUGGUGCGAUACUAAUUGCCAUCAAGGUUUGUAUCUUUGUGUUUAUUUUGCUGAAGGAUCAACGCUCAGCCAUGAAAUAAGCAUUAUUUUUUGAAAGGAAAAUUGCCGUACAUUCGUUUAAAAACCACCGUGUUGUUAUUGUUUUGUAUUGAUUUUUUUUAUAGAAAAGGUCCCUUUUGUUUUGCUUUUGAAUUUGUUUGCCUCAGGCAAUCUGUAAAGAGCGUCAAAUCUUAAAACAAUUUUAAGAUGCAAAUUUCUUCUCCCGAAUUGAAUAAUUUAGUUGGUAUCUGUCAUAGGAAAGUACUGGAACACUUUUUUCAGCAUCCUAUCCAUUUUCUUCUAAAAUAAGGGAAGAACAAUGAUAGACUGACAUGUAUUGAAAUAAAUUCAAGUUUAAUGAACUAUAACUGUAUUUAUUGAUUAUGAUGUUUCUGGUUCUGUGAUUUUAUAAAUUCAAACUGAAUAAAACAAGAUACACCUAAAACUACUCCUAUUAUUCUGCUCUACAAACCAUAUUGGUUGAACGUUGAUUACUGUAGUUUAUUAACAAAACAUGCAAAUUGAUGGUUUAAAGGUAUUUCCUCAUAUUUCACAAAAUAUUCAAAGAAUUUUUGUUGGCAGUUUCAGAUUGAGUCGGUGGCAAUAAAUAUUGAUUCCUUACUUCUGUAUUCCAGCCUAGCUAUAACCAAAUCCUUUUUCAAAUUUGUUUCUAGCAGGAAAUCUUUUUUGAUGCCUGAUCUUGAGAAAAUUUUUGAGAAAAAGGGUUCUUGUCAGAAUCAAAAGUUGAUGUAUUUGCACAGAAAGAAAAAAAUUCACUGUGAAAUAAGGGGCUUUAGAGAAUAACACAAUGACAUGUAUAUUAUCAAAUAUUACCAAAAUUUUAUCUUUGCUGCACUUACUUAAAGAAAUGCCAUCAAGCCCAUUUAAAGGUCUUAUACAUGUAUUUUAUAAAUAUUGUCUUCAAUCAUCUCAAUAUACCCUUAGUAAAUACAAUAAUUAUCUGAAUCAAAACUGAAAUGGUUUAUAGUCAGCACUAAAGAUCACAAUAUGGUAUUAAUGUAGACAAACAUCUAGUGGCCAAAGGUAAUAUUAUUAUGGACUGACCACUUAUAAAAAACCUUAAAACAGAAGUUUUAAUAACAAAUAAUUUAUUUCUCUUUCGUGGAGGUAGAAAGAAAUAGAAUAAAAUAUAUUUUGUGAUUUUUUUGGGAAUCACCCGUCUUAAUCUGAUCUGCUCAAAAUACCACAGGAUUUAACCAGCUAAUUCACUCUGUAUUUAUGGUUAAAUUGUUGUAUAGGUAUUGUGCUGGUUGCUAUCAACCCUUAUCAGCAGCUGCCUUUGUAUGGCCCAGAUAUUAUUGCCGCCUACAGUGGCCAGUCCAUGGGUGAUAUGGACCCUCAUAUCUUUGCUGUGGCUGAAGAUGCUUUCAGAGCCAUGUCAAGGUGAGAAAAUGAUGAGGUCUUCAACUCCUUUAUUUAAGUUGAUCUGGUUACCGUAAUACGCCUCAUCCUUCUCCUUUUUAGAAUAAUACACAUGUCAGGAACCCCAUAAAUGCACAUAAAAUCCUGGUCUUGACAAUGAGGUUUUUGUAUUAAUGAGGGUUUGAGAAAGAAGACAAUGGAGUAUUUUUAUGGUUUGGCCAAAACAGUGGUAAAAAAAGACAAUGAAUUAUUUUGUUUUAUAAACACCAAUGAAAUACCAGGAGAGCUUUCAUGCGAAAACAGGCUAACUUUACGUGUGAAAAGAUCACAGUUGCUAUUGCUACAUAAUAAAUCACACCUUUCAUAGCAAAAAGCUAUUAAAGUAAAACGGUUUGGUACAUUGGUGUUUUUAUAAUAAAACUUUACAUGGUUGCUUAUUCUCAUGAUGAAGAAUAUUUUACUUGUUAACUGCACUCUCUUGUGAAAUAUUAUUCACCACUCGAAGGGAAAUUUCGUAUCUCCACGAGGACAUGUAAUAUCCUCUAUAUAUUUAAACAGGAUGGUUAUCAAGCAGGGUUCCACUGUAGCAGUUUUUUUUUGAAGGAGGGCAUUUAUGUACUUGACCCUGCUAGCAGAACCUUUCUUUCACUAGCUUGUUUUUGGCAUACUUACCAAAGACUCUACAUGAAUUGAGUAAGACCUUUGUGGAGCUUGUGCUGCUUGUUGUAGCCUGCAGAGAACUUGCCGGUGUUUUUAGGUAAGGGAGAAAUUGUGAGGACGCGCGAGGGGAGAAAAAGAAACGAGGCACCUGCCUCGGAGACCCUGGUUUUCCAUUUACUCCCCCAAAAUAACAUGACAACAUUGCAUGCAUCAACUGACAAAAAAUUGAUUGAAAGCAGAUUGUCUAAUGACAUGGAACCAACCUCAGACCCAGAGCGAAAUUUUGGUUAUAUUUUCAUAAAGUAAACAAUGUACAUUGUAAUGUUGACAAAAAGGCCAUCUUAAGUCCUGUCCAGGCUUUUGUCAACAAAAGACAUUGUUCAUAAAUUAAUGAUAGCAAUUGUAAUGAAAUUUAUAAAUCUUUUGCCCAUUGCCACUUCGCUUUACGCUCACAAUGGUAUACAAUGUACAUUCCUUGCUGUAUUUCUUUUAUACAGUCCAGUUUUUCUUUUGAGUCUCACAGUGACAUUCCCUUGGAAGUUACCUCAGCUGCUUGAUCCUGCCAAGAGUUCUUUAACAAUCUUUGUCUAUCAUGCUACAGUCAAUGCCUCCAUUAUCUACUCUCUCAAAUUGAUGUCCAUUUUUCCUUGUACCUAUUUAGAGAUGGGUUAAACCAGUCAAUCAUUGUGAGUGGUGAGAGUGGUGCAGGAAAGACAGUCAGUGCUAAGUAUGCCAUGAGGUAUUUUGCAUCUGUGGGUGGAGCUUCUACAGAGACACAGGUUGAAAAGAAAGUCUUAGCUUCAAACCCUAUCAUGGAGGUGGGGCCGCUGUUUUAUUUAUGAUUGUUAUUUUAUUAUCUUUUCAUCGUUAAUUGCAUUUAAGUUAUCUUACAGGUUUUUAUAGCUACCCAGCGGCAUUUGUAAUACAUCAUAUUGUACAAAUAGGCCCACAGCGGUGUUUUUUUUAUUUUUUUAUUUUUGCCCAUUUUUUUUCAAGGGUGGUGCUUCUUAAGUUCUCUCUUCAAUGAAUGAGUUGAACCUUCAACAUUUGAAAUUAAUAUGAGUAAAGACACUCUACAAGACAGUGGAGUGAAACUGAAUUGUCUUAAAAAGAAACUGUUCUCCCAAAGUAUUGCCUAAGUGUUGUUUAAGCUGUAGAAAUGUUUAAGAUAGGGAAUAAGGAGCUGGGGGUAGAGUACCAUAAACGUCUGGCUUAUACAACUUUGUAAGUGUUUUAGAUGGAUUUAUAGACAGGGGGCUUAUACCCAGGUGGGGUUAUAAAAACAAGCUACAUAGCAGUGCUCAGGGUGUUCAUUAGGUGUCAGAGAUUGGAGAAGUCUCCGUUUAGUACACAGAAUUCUCCGGCUAACAUGCGAUAGGCUAUGACUAUUUUUCAUUCAGGCAUUCACAGUAUUCUCCUUCCUCCUGCUACCGGAAUUCUUAAUCAUGAAAACCCUGAGUGCUGUUCAAAAUACUUUUUAAAUUUGCUUGCUUUUUUAACAUGUAAGCCUCAAAACGUCGUCAAAAAUUGAACUCAUUACAGUACAAGCUAGAGGGGGCUUAUAACCAGAUGUAAUUAUUUCUUUUGUUUACAGGUAGGUGGGCCUAUAACUGGGGUGACGGGAGGGGGGUGAGGAGCUUAUAAGCAGAAGUUUAUUGUAUUUUGCUUGUUUGGCUGGCUGUUGGGUAAUUGGGUGUGAUAAGACCUUGAACCAAAAUAUCUCUUCUGACUUGUGAAUGCUACAUGUAUUGGCUUUGUUUUCUAACAUCUAAUUCAGGCCAUUGGGAAUGCAAAGACAAUUCGAAAUGACAACAGCAGCAGAUUUGGAAAAUACCUGGAGAUAUCGUUUGACAAGAACCACCACAUAACUGGUGCCCACAUGAGGACAUACUUGUUGGAAAAAUCACGUGUUGUAUUUCAAGCACCAGACGAAAGAAACUAUCACAUCUUCUAUCAGAUGUGUGCUGCUUGUGACACUCCAGAGCUCAAAGAUCUCAGACUUGGUAUGUUGAUCUGUUGGUUAACGUUGAUUGAAAAUCAGUGAUCAGCAUUACAAUAUGAAAACAAUAAUUAUAUUAUUUCUGGUAAAAUUUCACACAACAAUAAUUUAUUAUCAUGUUAAACUAAUCAACAAAGAUAAGCUUGAGGGAGGUUCCCAAAAAGUUGAUGGAGCCAAGAACCGAAGCCAAGAGCAAUGCAAAACCAUGACAACCGUGUAAGUGGCAACCACCAAGCACCAUCACACUGCUAACCGCUGGAACCUAAAAUACUUCAAACACCCUGUAUUUAACAAAAUGGAGGACAACUAGGGAGCAGUAAAGCAACUAGGGAGCAGUACAAGCACAAGCCAUGACAGACAACGACACAUGAACGUAAUGGUCUGACCUGAAUAGAAAGGUUGAAAAGAUGCAUGAAACCCUGCAAAAAAAUAGCUCAUAUCUCUACUUUAGACUGCUGGCCUGCAAUGUCUCUAGUUUAACUUAGCCAAAACUUCAUUUAGCCACAUUAAUGUUGUAAAAUUAGUUGUACAGUAUGGCUCAAAAGUAAGUUACCACCCUCUCGCGAGACGGGAAUCGCAUUGCACACUAUGUGAUUCCUGUAUUGCAGAAUGCCAUUCAAAAGGCCAUGCCUUAGGAUUUACUUGAGACUCUUUAGAACCAAAAAUAGUCAUGUCCCUUGGGACAAGUUGUCAUGCAUUUAAUAUGUGGAUAUAUAUAUAACUUGCUCAUUUUUUUUUUCGUGUAUAGUUUGCGUGAUUGUGGUAAUUUGUUUUGCCUUCUCUAUAGCACACCAGGACAACUUCUACUUCCUCAAUCAAGGAGAGUGUCCAUAUGUUGAUGAGGUUGAUGAUGUUGAAGGAUUUGAGGAGAUGCGUGAGGCCAUGGACCUUGUGGGAAUUAUGGAAGAUCAACAACUCAUGAUAUUCAGGAUUUUAGCUGGUAUUUUGCAUAUUGGGAACAUUGAUAUUCACCCAUCUGGAGAAGAAGAGAGUGAAAUUGAUGUGAGGCAUAUUCAUUUGUUUGUUAUUAGUGAGAAAUGCUAUACAUCUACAUGUAGGAAUGGCAAAAAAUUGUNAUAUUCAGGAUUUUAGCUGGUAUUUUGCAUAUUGGGAACAUUGAUAUUCACCCAUCUGGAGAAGAAGAGAGUGAAAUUGAUGUGAGGCAUAUUCAUUUGUUUGUUAUUAGUGAGAAAUGCUAUACAUCUACAUGUAGGAAUGGCAAAAAAUUGUGAUUACACCCCCUUGUCUGGCAAGGCUCGAAAUAAUAUCCGGAGAGCCUUCAGACACGAUGACCGGCCAAAUUCAUUUUAGCUCGGUCACUUAUCGUUUCUGGCCGGUCAAAUUUAUGAGAUAAAUAACUCUUAAAACAAGGGGCCAUGAACCAAAACUGGCGUUAUAUAUUUCCAAAAAACAGCUAUGGGUUCAGAUAUUUCGCAGGUCGAGGGGCGGGGCCGCGAAAUUUGUUAGAAAUCUUAUCUAAUACAUGUCGAUACAACAUAUUUGAAACUUAUCUCGGUCAUUGGGGCUGUUAAUUGCCGUCAACUUCAUCUCCACAACGAGCGAACAACGUUCCAAAACUACCAGGCAUAAGUUAUGUUGGGAACAACUGGGCACUACUCAUGAUGUUUUAAAAAGCUUUGCCAUUGGCUCAUUUCUCGAGUGCUUUGUAGUUAAAAUAGCAAGUGAUUAUCUCUGUUAAAAAACUUUAAACACGCUCGUCAAAUCAGCGCAAAAUCGAUCUAUUUCUAGCGAAAUUUGUCCAGAAAAUUCCCACGAAAUCGGCCGUUUUUAUCUAUUGUUUUUCGGCGAAGUUAGUCCCGAAAAUUUCCGCGAAAUUCCUGCGAUAUAUCAGCCGAUUUUUCUGCGAAUGUCUCUAAAAAUCCCGCGAAACUUGACUUUUUUCUCCGCGACCGACCAGACGCCCUGAAGUUGUUGUUUAACUCAUAAAAGUGAAAAUAUUUUUACCGACCGAAAGCGCGUGAACCCUAAUGUCUGUUUCAAUGCGCAAAUUGUAAACAAUGGUUCUAGUUGUAUUUCACCCAGGAUUUCUGAUCAACGUUUUGCAAUGCACAGCGACUCGCUACAUACUGAUAACAAUUGAAACUUCAAUACGAUCGAUUGUGACCGGUCAACAUGACCGGCAAGACGAAAAGUUGACUGGUCAACUCCCCAAUCAGUCCGGACAUUGUCCGUUGACCGGCCGUUGUUUCGAGCCCUGUCUGGGGUUGUCAUAUUUUGUUUUGGGGGCAAAUAGGGUUGGGGAUUAACAACCUUCAUGGGACACACCGAUAGGGGUACACAUUCUUGGUGACAGUCAUUUGGUAACAAGGCAUUCAUGAUUUGUGGUGCUGCCCUUUUUUGAUGUGAGUGUUAAUAACCCUUUUCUUGCACUUGGGUACAACCACAUCCAUUCAUUUAAAUUCAUUAAUGAUAUCCCAUUUUGUAAGUUUAUUUUUUUUCUUAUUUUUAGUUAUUACUAUUUUAUUUAGGACAAAGAUGUCCAUCUUGCAAUUGCUGCAGACCUUCUGGGUGUUGAUAGGGGUCAAUUUAAGAAAUGGAUGUGCAAUCGUAAGAUUGUGACUGUGCAAGAAGUAUUAAUCAAACCACUCAAUGUUGAAGAGGUAACUUAUUUUACUUGCCAAAUGUCUUUUCUAGAUGCAUACACUGCAGUAUAAUAAUUAUUAUUUGUUGUGAGCUGGCCUGCCUUGUCUUCCUACAGUAUAAAUACUUCCAGUUAACCUAGGACUGACAUAAAAUUUAGAAUCUAAUGUACACUGUAACAUUCACCCGUAAAGAUCAACGUAAAAAAUUCAUUUGGAAAUAUCUUUUUUGGCUAGACCAGUGCCAUGAUUUGUAACAGUCAGGAAGCACUGUCAUACUACGGCCAUGUCUACAUACAUUAUGGUGGCAUGUUAGGUCUGGAAAGUCCUGGAAAGUGAUUUUAAGAUCAUGGAAAGUUCUGAAAAUCUGUUAACUCACAAGUUUUCUCUUUUUUCACAAUUUUUUCAAGAAGUUUUCUGAAGCAUUGUAUCUGUAUCUUCGUAAAUUUUACUCUCUCUCUCUCUCUGCAACUGAAAAUCUGUUUGAAAAGAUUUUUUGUGGCUAAGGGAGUACUGGAAAAAUCUGUCUUGAAACGUGGAAACUCCUUGAAAAUGUUUUUAAAUUGGGUGCAAAAAAACUGAAAAUGGCCUAAACAAUGUACAGGUGGUUACAAGGAAGUGAUCUCAAUAGAUUGUGGCUCUCCCUGAUAACCCUGUUUUAGGUUAUACCCAAUGUUCUUUCUUUUUAGGCCAAUUUUGGAAGAGAAGCAAUCAGCAAGCACAUUUAUUCUCAGCUUUUCAAGUGGAUAGUUCACUGUAUCAACAAUUCUCUUACCACUAAUGUCAAACAGCACUCUUUCCUUGGAAUCCUGGACAUCUAUGGGUGAGUCUAAAAUCAUUAGAGCAGUUUCCAGUUGUUUUUUGUAAAUCGAACUAAAAAAGUGAUGGCUCUGACAAAUAAUUUACACUUACAUAUAUCUGAUCCUAAGAGUUGAUUUCCAGUUAUCGCAUCAUUUUUAUCUGCAUGCGUGCGUAAAAUUUAAGUUUGCAAAUAAAAUACAUGUAGAGGCAGCACAUGAAAGGUCGCUUGUAAGGGUAAAAGUUGAACCUCACUCAACUUCUCAUUUAAGGUCAGCACUUUUUAUCUUGCCUCUAUUUUAUAUAUGUGAUUAGAAUUUUAUGUACAUUAUAUGCGUAGUCAAAAACGUGUCAGUGGAAAUCAAGCUUAAGGGAAACAUCUACAUCUACAGUGGAAGCUGUCAUAAUUGGACACCUGAAAGGAUACAAAAAGGGUGUCCAUUACUAGAGCUGGCUGCUUACAAGAAUGUUUCUCAUCAGUGGCCAAGGAUUAAAUGACCACUUUUGGGAGUUAAUUGCUCAACUAUAAAUAAACAUUGGAAAUGCAAAAAAACUGUUUGUUAGUGUUUGGCUAUACUAUUGUUCUGAUAAUGUUAUAAUUUAGCCACAAGCGUGGCAUCCAAGUGGUGUUAAGUUUUGAGGUGUAACUGGACGUGUAUGUGAAAAAAAAAGCACUGAAACUGAUAUGAAUUCAUUGUGAUGAACAGCAAUAUGAAGUUGAUAUAUUAAAAUACAGUUUACAUGGCCACUUAUGUUUGCUAAAAUCUAACUUGUAAAUGCCAAAAGUGUCCACAGAAUGCAGAGUUUGUAUGUCAGUUGAAACAAGGUUUUGUGAAGGUGGCUGUAAGUAGAGAUUUCCACUUACAUGUGCAAGAGUGUCCAUUAAGAGAAUUUCCACUCAGCAGUUUUUCCCAAGAGUCUUUUGUUGAUGUUUGGCAACAUCAAGGUUCGUUUGCAUCAAAAAUCGUAGUUAUCCCCUCCAAAGAAUUUCCCUGAUGGAGGCUGACUACAAAUUCAUAAAAACAAACUUCUCUAUCUUCCUUCGUCUUAUCAAUGCUGAUUUGUCACCAAAAUUAACACCGGUGCUGUGAUCGCUGGAAGUAUAUUGUGUUACAGAUGUUGGCUCACUUGAUUACUGGAAUGCUUGAUGCAAAUACACCUGUUAAUGCAGAGUAAAACACAAAGUUUUUAAUCAAUAAAGAAUCAAAGACAGUUACUCAAGUUUCAGACAACCAGCCAUUCCUACUUAUGUUGGUCCUGUAUGUACCAUGUUUUCAAACAAAAGUUUAGUUAAUUGCGGUUCAGUUACAUGACAACUCAUUCAAUAUGCUUGUAUACCGUUUUGGCUAGCCUGUCUUCACCUCUUGACUACUUUCAACAAAUCUGGCAGUCUUUUCCUGUAGUGUGUUGCAUCUGAUAUUUCCUAAGGUUAAAAGCUUUACAAAUUCGGUGAAUGACUUUUAUUUUCAGGUUUGAAACUUUUGAAGUGAACAGUUUCGAACAGUUUUGCAUCAAUUACGCAAAUGAAAAGCUUCAGCAGCAGUUUACACAGGUAACUUAUUUCUGUCUAACAUGCAUUAGUGACAAGAACCUCAAUGCUUAUUUAAUAAGCAUAAAGUUAAUUUUUAUUAUCAUUAUUUUCAUUAUCAUAACAUUUUGAUUAUGAUAAUGUCCAAUCACUAUUAUAGUCUAGUGCACCUCUGCAGCAGUUGAGUAGUAACUUACCAGAGAACAAUCAGUAUUACAUGUACAGUGUACAACUCUGUACAAUGCCAUUAUUAUGAAUCCUUAUAUGUAGCAAUAUCUGCAUAAUUUACCAUCAUCCUCAUGAACAUCCUGCUUGUUUUCAUGACUCAUCUUGUGGGUGUGACAUUUGCUAAAUUACCAUUUGGAAGUAAAGAAUCUUGCCCAUUUCACAAUAUACAUGUAUUACAGGUAUACUUAAUUUUCUCCAUUGCCUUUUUCAAUAAUAUAAGUUUUAUUCCACAACAUUGAAAGAGGAAAGUUUACAUAAUACUCUACCUCACAUCGGAAAGGCUAAUUUAAUCUAGAUUCAGUUGUGCAAAAGUAUAAAGUUAAAUUUUAACGGACAAAAAUAACUCAGACCUAAAGCAUUAAAAGAUACAGUGAUAUUGAGUUUUCCAUGUAUUGAUUAUAGCACGUCUUCAAACUGGAACAAGAUGAGUAUGUAAGAGAAGAAAUUGAGUGGUCCUUCAUCAACUUUUAUGAUAACCAGCCCUGUAUUGAACUGAUCGAGUCUAAGCUGGGAAUCCUGGACUUGUUAGAUGAGGAAUGCAAGGUAAACAGUUUCAUGGAUUAACCUUUUAGUUAACACAUAAACGAAGCCCAUUUAAAAUAGUAGGAAUUCUGCAAAUCUUUUUAAAACGCUUUUGCCCGUUUGACAAUGAACAAUUCCUUCUAUCGGAAUGAUAGCAGCUAACCACGAACAGUUGGUCAUUGAACCGUUCCAACUAAACUAGGCCAUAUCCAAUGAAAUCAUAACGGUGGUGGGCCGUGAUGUACGGACACAGUUACAUGUAAUACCGGAGACUAUUUUGCAGAUGAAAAUAAUUUACCUUUUACCCCUACAUUUCGUAAGGGAAUCCAAGACAGUCUUGGAUUCUGGAUUCCACAACUUGGAUUCCUGAUUACGGGUACUGGAUUCUAGUCUUUGUCAGUGGAACAUGGAUUCUGGAAUUCAAUCGUAAGUGGGAUUUCCGGUUUCUUGGGCUCAGUGUAUUCUGUAUUACAAAUCCCAGGAUUCCCUGGAUUCCACAAGCAAAAUUUUCCUGAAUUCUACAAGCAAACAUUUCCCAGAGUUCCUUACAUGGGGCGAUACAUUGAGUGUUUGUGAAUUGGGGCACCAGCGAAAUAACAUUGUUGUAGUGAAUUUAUGGCAGUGAACUGGCUGCCUGCGAUUCUCACGCCGGUCAUGCGCAAUUUUCCUUUAAGACGCCUGAUGUGUCUUUGAUUGAAUACGACCAUAUAAGGGGUGGCGUAGAAAAGCAUUUUCCAGAAUCUUUUAACGACCUCCGGAGUCAAACAUAAUUACGUGUUUUAUCCCUGAGUAAAAUACAGCCUUAUUUUUGGGGGUUUAAUUUGGCUUUCUUGAUCAGGGCCAAUAAAGUGCAAUUACUUAGGGCUGAUUUGGACCUAGGGGUUAAAAUGAGUCCUAGCAUGAGCUGGAAUAGGCAUUUGAUGGGUCUGUUUUGCUUUAAAUUGUGCUCAAAUGGCACCAGGAGAGGCUGAAUCAGACUUUGGCCUGCACGACUAAAUUGGCACGUUAGGGCUUAAACAUCUCUUUCAUUUGCAGUGUAUGUGAGUGUUAUUUUUUUUAACUGUUAUUUUUAUUAUUCGCUAGAUGCCUAAAGGUUCUGACAGCUCAUGGAUUCAGAAGCUGUACAAGCAACACUUGAAAAAGCAGCAUUUCAGUAAGCCACGCCUUUCCCAGACAGCUUUCAUCGUGCAUCACUUUGCAGAUGAUGUGGAGUAUGAAGCCAACGGUUUCGUGGAAAAAAAUCGCGAUACUGUUAAUCAAGAGCAUUUGGCAAUCCUUAAAGCCAGCGAGGUAAGAGCAGAAUAGCGAUGGCUAAGACCAAAAGUUCGUCCCUUCGGGGAAGUAUCCUUGGCUGUUUCCCUUGACCAACGCAAUGAAAUGGCUGAUGAAAAUUAUUUAAAUUGAUAUGAACUGACUAUUUUUCAUUUAGCAACCUAGUGGCACUGAAAUAUAAAUUCAGACUAAGUAGAAAAACACCUUAAAGACCUUCAAUAAAGACCUUUAAUUACUGUAAAAUUAACCACUUUUUAAACAUCUUUGAAAAGUAAACGAAAAUUGACGUGUCGUACAUUAUCUUAAAAAGCCUUUAAAUUUUAUAGUAUGUAAAGCUAGGUUAAUAAUAUGACUUUAAUAAUAAUGUUAAUAAUAAUCUUAAUGAGACCUCUAAACCGUGUUUGUUUCUCGUACAGUAUGAGUUGGUGGCACAAGUUAUAGAGUAUACACAGCAUGUAAGUACCUUGCGUUGAAUGCAGGUUAAAGAUCGUCUUUAAACGUCUUUGUUUUGACUGCUGACACUUUUACAUUUAAACUGUAUGAAGAUUCAUGGGAAUCGGGUCUUCGCACGAAUCAUGAUCACUAACUGAGCUAAAGCUGGAACGCAGGAGAUAAAUAUGAUGAUGAUAUUUUUAAAUGUUUUAGUUUCGCAGACCAGUUAUACAAUAAAAUGAUCAAUAUUUUGAAUUUCACUUCAGUUAUCUCUCUCAAUUCGUUGCAAUAAAGCCAAUUAAGUGUCUUCCUUUUUCUUAAAAGAUCGAAAUUGUUAUUCCUUAAAAAGUAGGAAAUGUUAAAUAAUAGAUAUUAAAAACCUUUGGUUAGUUCAUAGCCGGUAAUUUGUAAUGAUAGUUGACAUGAAGCAAAAAGCAGCUUUUUGGUUUGCAACUCAGACCCUAAUUAAAAAAAGUCCACUGAUCAUUUCUCUGUAAAUAGUAAACCUAUUCAGUACCCUCUCUAAACUUCCGAUAACUCCGAAAAAACCCUUAAACUGCGCCACGUAACCAAAUAGCUUAAGAAAACUACUCUGCGCUUGUACAUGGACUUUCGAAAUAGCAACUGGAGGCAAUGGCAAUUCAGCAUUGUCCAAUGUUGGAAUGGGGCGGUAUUAUGUAGGAGGCAUUGGCAAUUCAGCACUGUCCAACGUCGGAAUGUGGUGGUUUUAUGCUGGAGGCAAUGCCAAUUCAGCAUUAUCCAAUGUUUGAAUGGGCGGUAUUAUGCUGGAGGCAAUGGCAAUUCAGUAUUGUCCAGUGUCGGAAUGGGGCGGUAUUAUGCUGGUUGGUCGUCUGUGCGGAGUAUAAACUGUGUGUUUUGUUACAGUAUGAGAUGGUAGGAGACUUGUUUACUGACAAUGAAGCCCAUCUGAUGCCUCGCAAAAGAGCAGCCUCCAGAACAGGCAAAAAUGCUGCUAAAUCCAAGAGAAGUGUGGGAUCUCAGGUUUGUAUACUCUCACUUCAUUAACUUGUUGUUUUCUUCUUUUAACUGUCACAGUUUGCAAUCGCCUUUCUCAUAAGUCUCAGUGGUAAAUUCGCUAUGCUAUGAAUUUUCAGACGUUAUGUCCAAACUUUAAAUGCAACUUCAGACUGGAAAGUGCACUAUCCAAUUUUGCCCGGUUGGUGAGAGUUCCGUUACAGUGCAAACGACGGAAACCACUAGGACUUUAAAACAUGAAAAUUGUGUCAACGAUACACGUUUGUGCUCAUGAUCUGCUCUGCAAAGUUUCUGCUUUGCAUAAUAUCAUCUGUAGCAUAGUUUCUUUUUCCGCCGCUCUUUCGCGUUCGCGGACUUUGACGUUGUGCUCUUUUUCUUCCAGACGACAGCUGCUAAUCGAUCCCUGUACUCGUAUCAAAGUUCUUGUUUUCGGUUACAACCGUCCAUAACAACUUUGUUUUCUCCUCUGCAGUUUCGAGAAUCUUUGUCAAAACUAAUGGGAACUCUAAACAGCACUGUGCCUCAUUACAUUCGCUGCAUCAAACCUAACGACCGCAAAGCAUCAUUUGAGUUCAAUCCGCAGCGAACUAUUCAGCAACUGCGCGCAUGCGGAGUACUGGAGACUGUACGAAUCAGUGCCGCUGGGUACCCCUCUAGGUGGAGCUAUCCAGAGUUCUUUAACCGUUACCGCAUGCUGCUGAAAUUUAAAGACAUAAACAGAAAGAAGCCUCAAGCGACAAUAAAGCUGUUAUUGACCACUUUUAUCAAGGUAAUUCAUCGAUUCGAUUGUUUCAGUUGAGAUGAAGUAUUCAUACACUACCGCUCAAAAGUUACCACUUUCUCGUGAGACUCGAAUCUCGUCGCGCGCUACGCGAUUCUCGUAAGUAAUAUGACUAAAAUUAUUGCCCGUAGCGCGCGACGCGGCUCCUGUCGCGUGUGAGAUCUUGUCGUCAUUCUUUUGCUACUUUUCAGUUAAAAAUAUUGUUCUACGUGCAAAGUGAGAUAUUUGACCAGCCGUUUUUGAAGGGCUGCCGGUGAUGUUGCUCUACUCUUCACUGGACUGUCUUUGGUGACUAAUAUCCGGCUUCAAAAGAUUAAGCAACCUUUUUUCUUAAGUUAUUCGUGUACCUCACAAACAAAAUGUCACUGACAGUGUCUGGGUCUCCGAGGGUGGGCAAACGUUGGAAAAGUGAGAUCGCGCGGAAGAACGUGAAGAGCCUCUAGCGUUUCCACGCGUGACCGAUUUCACUCUUCCCACUCUUGAACAUCUACUACACUGGGUAUUAGAACAUAGACAAUCAAUACUUAACCUGGCUUAACUAUCCAUCUGGUUAAGUAUAUUAUUGGACGAAACGUUUUCAUAGAAGGACGAAUUUAAGUGGUAGAAGAAGCGGGGGAGGGGGAGCGGGCAGGGCAUUAGAUGAUUGUAUUGAAAUUGACUGAGAUGUAAGAUUGUUAAGAGUUCUCUCUUUCGAAACGUCUUAAAAUUCUCUUAUUUUCUUAAAGGAUCCCGACAAGUUUCAGAUGGGUAAAACCAAGAUCUUCUUUCGAGCUGGGCAAGUAAGUUGUGUCCGUACGUCUGUAAUUACUUCGCGGGUUACGCAUUUGUCUCAUAAAUUUACAAACGUGUUCCUUUUGGAGAAUUCUUUUGAUUCUGGUUUUCUUUUAGGUCGCCUAUUUGGAGAAAUUAAGAGCCGACAAGCUUCGGGACAGUUGUAUAAUGAUCCAAAAGAAUUUCCGUUGUUGGAGAGAGCACCGCCAAUGUGGAGUAUGA